AUGUCAUGCGUGCAAAUUUGGCUUCAUUUCUUUGCCUCUCCCCCUCUUCUUUCCUUCACCUUUCUCCCUCCCUCUCUCCUUCCCUCCUAUUCUUUCAUUUGCUUUUCCCCUUUUUUUUCCUUAAUUUCCUUUCUCUCCCCUCCCAUUCUUUCUAUAGCCUGCUUAUCUCGCCGUCUUUCUGUAGCUAGCUUUUCCCCCUUUAUCCUCAUCCCCCUUCCUCUUUCCUCUCCCAUUCUUUCUAUUGCUUUUCCACUCCAAUUUCCAACCCUCCUUUCUCACUUCCGUUCUUUCUAUAGUUUGAUUCUCACCCACCCUUCUUUUUUUACUUAUCCUUCGUUUUUCUUUCCUUCACUCCCCUACCCUACUUUCUCUCCCCACCCUACUUUCUCCCCCCACCCCCAUAUUCCUGUAACCACUCUGGCUGAUUUCUUCACCGGCGACACUGUCUUCAUCGCCUACGGCAGCGAAAAAUACUCUAGAGAUGAUUUUGAUUUGGACGAAGGGGAAAAGAAGUUGAUUGGGCAAAAGUCAUUCGAUCCAACCGUACUAAAAAAGCUCAAUAUAAAGUGUGGACCCAGAGAUGAUUCCACAUCACCCCACAGCCGAUCACCGUCUCAUAGUCGUUCUAAACAUUCUUCCACCGAUUCCUCUCGAACUGCAUCUCCAAGACAAAGACGCAAGAAUACUGGAGAUGACAAAUCCUGUGCCAAUGGAACUUAUGACGAAAAUACAAGUUACCCACCGAGUCUGACAAGCAAAUAUGGAGUCCGACAAUUGAUUGGAGAAGGAAAUUUUGCUGUUGUACGUGAAUGCCGACUGAGAUCAAACAACAUUGCGUACGCCUUGAAAAUUAUUAACAAGACAACUUGUUCAAGUAACGUGCAAAUGAUUGAAAAUGAGGUAUCGAUCCUCCGCAGGGCCAAACAUCCAAACAUCAUCCGCCUUAUUGAAGAGUUCGAUUCUCCGGAUAGAAUUUUUCUUGUUAUGGAACUCGUCAAGGGAGGCGAUUUGUUUGAAAUGAUCACCACAGCGACAAAAUACACAGAGAAAAUGGCCAGUCGAAUGGCAAACAAUAUGUUAAGCGCCCUUCAUUAUCUUCACGCUGCGCGAAUUGUCCAUCGAGAUGUUAAACCUGAAAACUUGUUGGUCAGCGAAGCAGCCGAUGGUACAAAGACACUAAAACUUGGAGACUUUGGUCUCGCCACUGAAGUUAAGGAACCCCUUUUCGUUGUUUGUGGGACCCCAACAUACGUCGCUCCGGAUAUUUUAGCCGAGAAAGGGUAUGGUGUUAAAGUUGAUGUGUGGGCGGCAGGUGUUAUUACUUACAUCUUACUCUGCGGUUUUCCGCCAUUUGUUAGCCCCACCAACAACCAAGAAGAACUCUUCGACAAGAUUUUGUCCGGAAAAUACGAGUUUAUCUCCCCUUUCUGGGAUGACGUAUCAAGUUCUGCCAAGGAUUUAAUCACUCACAUGCUUCAAGUUGACUCCGAGGAGAGGUUUUCAGCUGCUGAAGUUCUUGACCACCCAUGGGUGGCGGACGACGCUGCCAAAGAUGCCAAAUUACAUGUUGCCCAGGAACUGAGUAAUUAUCUGACUCGAUCCAAGAAACCGAAAGGCGGGUUGGCUGUUAUGGCGAAUACAGCACUUGACAAGGGAUCCAAGUUUUUCCAAGGCCGUGGAGGUUUCAGCCUUCAUCCCCAACAGGAUGAAAUAUUCUAA